CCACGCCUCCAGUGUACACUGCAUUGGGCUGGAACUACCGUUAGAUUAGAUAUUUCAACAACUAACCAGCAUAUGAGUUGUUUUAAACAAAACCAAACAAACCACAAGGGAAACAGUCUAGGUAGAAAAUAGAAUUGGCACACGAUUAAGUGUUCUGGCAAAAUGCUAAUUUUGCUAGCCUACAGCGCAUGUUGUCACUGAAAGCCUGCUUGCUAGCUAAAUUGCUAGUUAAUGUUUGCUACUUUCAAAUAGCUUUUUCAUCUGGCAAACUUGAUCUCUAGAUAAACUUAAUUGGAAUUUUAAUUCGUAUCUUACAUUCUUGCUUACAACUGACUGCAAUAUCUACUGUUGGAAGCGUUACAGUAGUACAGCAGCAAGAAUAUGUUCGAACAUCAACAAAUGCAGCAUCAGAUCCAACACAACCAACGUCUUUGGCAGCAACUGAAAACAACCCAACGUCUGCCAUCCCAACUUCCCCGCCAGCAUCAAAAGAACCGACCAAGGUUUCCGCCUUCUCCUAGCAUGGUAAACCUUUGCCCAGUUCCGCAGGCUGCUCUGGGUGCCCCCAACCCAAUGUUACAAGGCGCAGUACUUAUACAGCAACGGAUGCAAGCUAACGUGCAAGACUUGGCCAUGGGCAGUGGGCUACCCUUUUCACUUUUGGCCAAGGGGGCACAGCAUUCUCUUCUAGGACCAGCUCCUGUCCCCCGAUUGGGAUUCUCUUCCUCAAGACCAUAUCGUUCCCACAACCACUUCCGAAACAAGGACAUUCUUGGGACAAAGAGGGAUUAUGAACAAAUUGGAAAGGCUAAUGGACAGCUGGGCACCAGCAAAACAGACUGUCCAGUGGGGAGGACUACCAAUACAGAGAUGGGGAAAACUGAAUCAGACAGACUAUCGUUUGCACAGCCACAAGAGAAGCCUGAGUUGAAGAAGCUGAAGGCAAAUGGUGUUAUUCACAGAUCAGAAGAUGAUCAUGUGAAUGUACCCUUUGGACACGUGGCAGUCCGGACGUCCAAUGAUAAAAGGCCAAUGGAUGUAUUGAAACCCACUGUUGUCGCUGCUCUCGUGUACGGAGGUGAGUGCCCUGCCGUUCACGGGCUGGAAGAAUGUGGAGAUGAAAGUCGAGCAUCUGAUCAGGUUCUAGGUGUCAGGACUUCCCUGAAGGUCACCAUCCAGCAUAGCAGCCAGAGCCGGGCGUUCAGCACGGGCAUAGAGGAGCCAGGUGCAGCCAUGGGGCCCUCCUGUGGGUCAGGGGGACAGGCUCAGGACAAUGACCCAGGCCACAAAUCUGCUGCUGACAGCCACUACUGCUACAUCUGCAGCACCCCCUGCCACAACCAGCAGAACUUCCAGAGCCAUAUGAACGGGGCGGAACACCAGCGGCGUAUGCUGGAGAUUCAGCAUGUGAGCAAUACCUGUCUGGUCAACCUGUUACCCUGGGUUGCCGACUCUCAACAUGACUUGCGCACAGGCUGGGAUGAUAAAACGGGAGGAGUGCAGCGCUGGUGUGCGAUAUGCCAAACACACUUCAGCGGUGACCUCAUCGAGCACCGGAGGACCCAGGAGCAUAAGCUGUCAAAGCAGUCUUCACGUCCCUUCUGCACUGUUUGCAAACGCCACUUCAGGACACCACGGAAGUUUGUGGAACACAUGAAGUCCAGAGAGCACAAGCUGCAGGUUGAGCUCAGGGAGGAGGGAGAGCCAGAUGUCCUGGAGGAGCUGAUCACAGUGGAUGCAGUGGGGUGCUUUGAGGGAGAAGAUGACUUUGAGGAGGAGACCCAUGAGGACGAUGACAGCAAGGAAAGGCAGCCUGGUGAAAGACAUGUCGCACAAGAGAACAUCGAGGAACAUGAAGAGUAUGAUUCAGAAACACAAUAUGGCCCAAGCUUUGUUGUCCCAGUGGCCGGUUAUCUCUGCAGACUGUGCCAUAAGUUCUUCCAUUUUGAGUCAACUGCUAGGCACCUUCAUUGCAAGUCCCUCAUGCACUUUCAGAACCUACAGAAAUACAAAGUGUUGAGUCGAAAGUGUUCAGUUACGGAGGACACGGGAAAGACCUGCAGCCGAAUGUCGGGGGACCCGCUUCCCCUGAGGUACUCCCGAGAUGACAUGGAGGAUAUCAGAAAAGGCUGUACAAAUAAAUCCAUUAUGGCUGGAGACAGCAUACAUGCCUGUUGCACCCCGGCCACCAAGCAGAUAUCUCCCAUUGUCUCUGCUCUGGAAAAUGCAGAGCAGGGCAACAUCACCGCCACCCAGCAGGUCUCAGAACAGCUUGAUGCAGAUGACCAUAGGCCAACCUGCCAUGCCAACCAACCUCAUCUUGACUUAAACUCUGUAUGCGAUAACUUGAAGGAGUACCCAUGCCUGGGCUGCCAAAAUCCCCAACUAAGAGUCUGGGAGGGUGAGAAGGCCAGCGGAGCUGGAUGUUCUCUACAUUUGCCCUUAGUGUACCAGAACACGGAUGGAAGCGUGUCACGCACUACCAAUGAGACAAUGCCAGAGAGGCUUCUGGAGAGGGAGCGUCAGCAGCAGGAGAGCUACAUGUUGUUGACACCCCAUGUACCAACACUGGACAAGAACAGACAACCGGUGUACGGAGAAGAACCAGUGGAGUCGACUGGGAUUGGGCCAGCAAAGGGUUGUAAAAGGAACUCCACAAGGACAUCACACCCAAAAACUGGAGACAAAGGUUGUGUUCAACAGUAAAGCAUAGCUAAGUGUUUUUUAAUGAAACCAAACCUGACCCAAGAACUUAUCACUUAAAGCUUGCACAUUAAGGAUGAAUAAUGUGAUUUCCAUGCCAUGGGUGUGUGAGAAAUUGAAUGAGUCACCCAAGGUAAGAUUUCACAGACAUCCUGUUUGUUUACAGUCAAGAUGUUGAGUCUAAAUAGAAUCACCAGUUUGUGUUACUAUUGAAAUGGAAACAAUGCACUUCAUUGCAAGGGAUCUCCAAUCACAGUGAGUGAGUAAAUGGCCUUAGAUCACAAACUCAAUCAAGUUCCCAUUCAAUCCCAUGCAAGUAAUGACACAGCCACACACGUUUUUGCUCUCAAUUUCAUAUAUCAUUAUCUAUGGAUAACAUUGGAUUGCAGGACUGAUUAUCCAUAAUAUCUAAAGGAAUGUUUGAAAUACAUGUUGUGGGUAUGUACUAUUUCCAUGUCUAAGAUUUUAUUUUAUUUGAAACUGUACAGGGUCCAACGCUAACUUUUUUUCUCACUGGCCCUGUAUGGCCAGUUGGUUUGAAAUCUAUUGGCCUGGACUGUAUUUUUACCGGCCUGAACUGAAUAAAAAAAUAUGUAAUUGUAUUUUACAGAUAUAUGGUAUGAAAUAUCAUAUCAUUAGAAUAUGGAUUUGCAUGUGAUGUGAGACAUGAGCUACAACAAAUAUUAUCAUCUCUUCAUGAAGAUGCUUGCUUAUUUGAUGUGACAAAAGCAGGAAAAUAAAACAAUUUAGUAAAUAUA